AGAAAUAAGAAACAAAUCAGUUAUAGAAAUAUUAUAAACUACAACUUUCAUUCAUAGUGAAACUAGAAUUUUAACAUGUGUGUAUGUUUUGAAUUUGGACAUGUUAUAGCAUGAAACUUUUAUUCAAAGUGAAAUAACAAAGGACACCAAUGGAAAAAUUCACUUUUAAGACCAUAAGAGGAAUAACUUUUGAUACAUGGUCUACUGAGGAGAUAUAUAAACUCAGUGUUUUGCAGGUCACUAAUACUGAAAUAUUAGAUAGUCUUGGUCAUCCUGCUAAUGGAGGUUUAUAUGAUCUUCGCUUAGGUCCAAAUGAGCGAGAUGACUUCUGUAGCACUUGUCGCCUCAACUACUUCCAGUGCCCAGGACACCCGGGACACAUAGUACUUCCAGUGGCAGUAUUUAAUCCUGUUUUUGUAACUCAUCUAUAUCAGUUGCUUCGUGGAAGUUGUUUUAAUUGUCACCGGUUGAUAGCGUCAUCUGUUGCUCUACACUUGUUGUUAUAUCAGCUACAAGCUCUUGAUAAGGGGCUGGUGAAGACUGUUUAUGACUUGGCUGAAGUGGUAGAUGAUACAGAAAAUGCUGCUAUUGAUGACAAUUUAAUGAGUAUACAAGCAAAGCUACAUGUUAAAUACGAUGAUGCAAUUAAAGAUGCUGACUCUGUUGAUGCAAACCUGUAUGUCAAGAGUGUUGUAGAAUGCAGGAGAAAUAUUGUAAAAUCUUUUGUGAAACAGCACAUGAUGGGGGCCAAAGGAAAUUGUCCUUACUGCAAACAGCCACAGAGAAAAAUCACACGAAACAAUAACAGAUUUGUUUUCACUGAUAGUGGCAAAAGACCUGGAAUUGGAGGGACUCGUGGAGCUAAUGAAUAUCUUACUAAAGAAUUUACUGCUGAAGAAGCCAGGAAACAUUUACUGCUAUUAUGGAAGAAUGACAAAAUUUUUCUCAAACACAUCUACAAACUUUUAGAUGUGCCUGAAAGUUAUUCUGGUGUUCCUAUUGACAUGUUUUUCAUGACUGUGAUAAUUGUUCCUCCUUCAAAAUUUCGACGGCUAAAUGUAAUGCAUGGGAGAAAAUACGCUGAUGUCCAGACGCUUGCAUUUUGUGAAGUAUUGAAAGACUGUAUACUCAUCAACAAGUUGUUGCAACUUAUAAAGGGAGAGGUCCUGGAUGAAAAUGAAAAAGAAAUGGUUAGUAAAAUUCCAGGUAAAAGUAAUCCAGAGAAAUUUAGCAAUGCGUAUUUUCAGUUACAAAGUCAUAUCAAUGAGAUCUAUGAUAGUGAAGUGAAUAAGAAGAAAGGAGCAACAACAAAAGGUGUUAAACAGAUAUUAGAAAAGAAAGAAGGUUUGUUUCGUAUGAACAUGAUGGGAAAGAGAGUGAACUAUGCUUGCAGAUCUGUCAUCUCUCCAGAUCCUUACAUCAUGGUGAAUGAAAUUGGAGUACCUUUAGUAUUUGCUAAAAAACUAACCUUCCCAGAACCUGUAAGCAUUCUAAAUUUUGAAAGAUUGCAGCGAGCUGUAAAAAAUGGCCCCAAUGUUCAUCCUGGGGCUACACUGGUACAAUAUGAAAAUGGGAGGGUAGUCCGAUUAACCGAUAAUGAACCUAUAAAGCGACAUGCCAUCGCUAACACGCUUCUAACACCGCCUGCUAAUCCUGUUCUUGGUGGAGUCAAAAUUGUUCACAGGCAUCUGAGAAAUGGAGAUAUGUUACUGUUGAAUCGUCAACCCACUUUACAUAAGCCUAGUAUUAUGGCGCAUAAGGCCCGUGUGCUUCCUGGAGAGAAGACCCUGAGACUGCAUUAUUCUAAUUGCAAAUCAUAUAAUGCAGAUUUUGAUGGUGAUGAAAUGAAUGCUCAUCUACCACAAUCUCUUCUCGGACAAUCAGAAGCUCGUCAUAUGGUGGGAGUUAACCACCAAUACCUUGUACCCAAAGAUGGCACCCCCUUGGGUGGUCUCAUUCAAGAUCACAUUAUUGCUGGUGUUCUUAUCACUAUGCGGGGCCGUUUCUUUUGCAAAGAAGACUAUCAUGAGUUAUUGUAUAGUGCAAUGUCAUUUAACAAGAAACGUCUAAAACUGCUUCCUCCCACCAUAUUAAAGCCACAAGUUCUUUGGUCAGGAAAACAGAUUGUAUCAAGCAUAAUUAUUAAUCUGAUCCCUGAGGGAAAAACGCCUCUUUCAGUUGAAGGCAAGGCAAAGGUUUCUUCCAAAAAUUGGAAAACUACUGCUUCUCGUGAGUGGCUUGCUGGUGGGACACCUUUAACGGGUGAUGCAAUGUCUGAAUCUGAAGUCAUUAUUCGUAAGGGGGAGUUAUUGUGUGGCGUCAUUGAUAAGGCACAAGUUGGACCAACUCCAUACAGUUUAAUACACAUAUGUUACGAGCUUUAUGGUGGAGAAACAUCUAGUGUUCUUCUUACUGCCUUAGCCCGCCUUUUCACACACUAUCUGCAAUAUUUUAAUGGAUUUUCUCUUGGGAUUGAAGACAUAGUUGUAGAAGAUAAGGCAAAUAAGAAAAGGAGGAGAAUUUUUCGUAAAGCUAAUGCCAACGGGAGAAUUGCUUGUGCUCAAGCCUUAGACUUGGAAGACAAGGAAAACAUUGACGAUAAUGAACUUCUUCGUAAAUUCAAAGAGACUCAUUUCAGUAGGGAUGAUUUUGGUCUUAAAAUGCUAGACAUGGAAAUGAAGAAAGUGACUCAUGAUCUAAACAAUCAGAUAAAUGAAGUAUGCCUACCCAGUGGUUUAAAGAAAAAAUUUCCAGAAAAUAAUUUGCAGUUGAUGAUUGAGUCUGGUGCAAAAGGAUCAUCGGUAAAUGCCAUGCAGAUAUCAUGUCUACUGGGUCAAAUUGAGUUAGAAGGAAGGCGAAUGCCACUUAUGUUGAAUGGCAGUACUUUGCCUUCAUUCUUACCUUACAGUACAUCUCCCAGUGCAGGUGGAUUUGUUGCUGGCCGUUUCUUGACUGGAAUCAAUAUACAGGAAUAUUUUUUCCAUUGCAUGGCUGGAAGAGAGGGUCUAAUUGAUACGGCUGUCAAAACAAGUAGAAGCGGUUAUCUUCAGCGUUGCCUUAUAAAGCAUUUAGAAGGUAUUACAGUUAAUUAUGACUUAACUGUGAGAGACAGUGAUGGUACAGUAGUUCAGUUUCUGUAUGGAGAAGAUGGAUUGGAUCCUUUAAAGAUGCAACUUCUGAAAGAAAAAAGUUUUAAUUUGCUUUUGAAAAAUUAUGAUACUGCUAUGAAUGAAAGGGAAGUACAGGCCUUGAAAAAUCUUGUGAAAGUUGAUCUCGAGAAAGAAAAGAAAAAGAUUACCAAAUGGAAGAAGAAGCACCCUGGAACUACUAAUUCCCGUUUAUCUAUACUACACAAUAUAAGUAAUGAUUUUAAAGCUCCAAAAGAUAGGAUUCGAGACAUUAUAAGCAGUAUUGAAAAUAUAGAAGAAGGCGUAAAAAAUAAAUAUGAAAGAAGAAGGAAGAAAUGUCCAGAUCCUAUAAAUGACAGAUAUAGACCAGAUGUGACCAUUGGUUCUGUUACUGAAAGAAUGGACUCAUUAAUAGAUGAAUAUAUAAAAAAGAAUUCUCAUGGAUUAUUGAGAAAUGAUGGCAGAGGAACGACAAAAGAAAAAUUUAAAGAUCUGUGUUAUUACCGUUCUUUAAGAGCACUUGCAGAUCCUGGGGAAGCAGUUGGUCUUUUGGCUGCUCAGUCUAUUGGAGAACCCUCUACUCAAAUGACCCUCAAUACUUUUCACUUUGCUGGAAAAGGUGAAAUGAAUGUGACUCUGGGUAUUCCAAGGAUGCGAGAAAUCCUCAUGACUGCAAGUCCCAAUAUUGCCACACCAACUAUGGAUUUACCUCUACUGGAUAAACCAGGAAUUGAAAAGGCUGCAGAGAAACUCAAAGUCAAAUUAUCUCCUGUACCACUGAAAGAUGUUCUAGAGUCUGUGAAAAUAAAAGAACAGAUAUCUAUAUCAAAAACCAUGAUGAGUUUCAGAAACUAUUAUAUUAAAAUAAAAUUUUUGAAGUAUUCUGACUAUAAAGGACUAAUUAACACGAAUCCAAAUAAAAAUUUGAAGUACAUUGAGAAGACCUUCAUCAAAAAAUUGUUGGAAGCUAUAAAAAAGAAAAUGAAGCAGUCAGCGACAUCUAAAGUUGUAGAUGCUAUGAAAGAAGGUCGAAGUUUUAUUAAAUCUGAACCUCAGGGUGAAGGUGAUGAUGACAAUCCUCCCCCAUCUCAAAUGGAAUCUUCCGCUCCUGAUGAAGGAGAAAGUUCAGCAGAAAGUGAAGAUGAAGGAGAUACAACCUCAUCCAAAACAAAAAUGAGACACAAUCAGGAACAAGAGUAUGAAGAUCCUGAAGAUGAAGAAAUGCUCCCUGAAUCUGAUGAAGAGGAGAAUGAAACUGGAGCAGUUAAAAUUAAACAAGAAAUACUGUCAGACGAAGAAGAAGAAGGAGAAAAACUUGAAGAAGAAAGUGUUCCGGGUAGAUCUGAAAAUCUGAAUACUUCAACUUUUAAUGAAGAUCAUGCUCAACGCAUAAAUUUUGUUAAAUGUCUCCAUAGCUAUGUUUUUGACUAUGAGUUUGAUACUGAAUUUGAGAGAUGGUGUAAAAUCACACUCCAACUUCAAUUAGAAGGCAGUAAAAUUGAUAUGAAAUCUGUUUUUGAAGAAGAAGUGAGCAAAGCGUACGUUUAUGCAAUUCCAAACAUCAAAGAAGCCAUCUUAGUUAAAAAUCCUGAUGCUAAAGAUGGUGGCCCUAAACUAAUGCUUAAAACUAGUGGUGUAAACUUUUUGGAAAUUUUUAAGCAUGUUGAUGUUUUGGAUAUUAAUAAAAUUUAUAGCAAUAAUAUCCACGCUAUUGCUGAUAUUUAUGGCAUUGAAGCUGCAUCUAAAGUGAUACAUAAGGAAAUUGUCAAUGUGUUUGCUACAUAUGGAAUUACGGUAGAUCCAAGACAUCUAUCUCUAGUUGCAGACUAUAUGACUAGUAGUGGUAAAUAUCGCCCCUGUAAUCGAGUUGGCAUGGAGGGUAAUGCCUCUCCACUCCUACAAAUGAGUUUUGAAACUACAACCAAUUUCAUGGUUGACGCCAUGCUGAAUGGGGUGCAAGACAGGCUUCAAUCACCAUCAGCUACCAUUUCUUUAGGACAACUCUUCAAAGCUGGAACGGGUGCCUUUGAUUUAAAGAUAAAAUACAAAUGUGAAAAGUGAGAUUUUCUUGCAGUGCCAGUGAAAAAAAAACACUUUUAUUUCUGACCAAAGACAUUAUAAUAUGUGCUAUUUAUAUUGUUUUGAGAACAUUUUUGUACCAGUGCACACUAUAAAAUAAAGCAUGUAUGACAAGUGAAUGUGUUUCAUGUGCAUUUCCAGUUUUCAAUCAGUUAUUUUUUUGUAUUGAUCAGAAAAAUUGUAAAUAAAAUUAUAUUAUAUUUUGUCUCAUA